GCUGCCACCCGCGCGCACAGAUUGGCUUCAGCACCCCUGUUGCUUACCCGUCCUAGCUGCUGUCCCCGCAACUCCGGAUUCCUCUGCUCCUCUGCUGCACCCGGGCUGCCUGACUGCAGACAUGAGCGUGCUCUGCCCGGAUCGAGCCUGCUGCCCUCUAAAUUAGUCCCUGCUGCCGCCCUUGGACCUUCCCGCACCAUGGAAUCCCCCGCCUCCAGCCAACCUGCUGGCAUACCCCAGUCCAAAGGAAAAUCCAAGAGGAAGAAGGACUUACAUAUAUCCUGUGUGUCCAAGCCGCUUGUUCCCAACCCCACCCCCCCUAGGAACCUUGACUCCCGGGCCUUCAUCACCAUUGGAGACAGGAACUUUGAGGUAGAGGCUGAUGACCUGGUGACCAUCUCGGAGUUGGGGCGCGGAGCCUAUGGGGUGGUGGAGAAAGUACGGCACACCCAGAGUGGCACCAUCAUGGCUGUUAAACGGAUCCGGGCCACCGUGAACUCCCAGGAGCAGAAGCGUCUGCUUAUGGACUUGGAUGUGAACAUGCGCACAGUUGACUGCUUCUACACCGUCACCUUCUAUGGGGCCCUCUUCAGAGAGGGAGAUGUGUGGAUCUGCAUGGAACUCAUGGACACAUCCCUGGACAAGUUCUAUCGUAAGGUGCUUGAUAAAAAUGUGAUGAUGCCAGAGGACAUUCUGGGGAAGAUUGCUGUGUCUAUUGUAAGGGCACUGGAGCACCUGCAUAGCAAGCUGUCCGUGAUUCACAGAGAUGUAAAGCCAUCUAAUGUCCUCAUCAACAAGGAGGGGCAUGUGAAAAUGUGUGACUUUGGGAUCAGCGGCUACUUGGUGGAUUCUGUGGCCAAGACGCUGGAUGCCGGCUGCAAGCCCUACAUGGCUCCAGAGAGAAUCAACCCAGAACUGAACCAGAAGGGGUACAACGUUAAGUCUGACGUCUGGAGCCUCGGCAUCACCAUGAUCGAGAUGGCUAUCCUACGGUUUCCUUAUGGGUCCUGGGGGACCCCAUUCCAGCAGCUGAAGCAGGUGGUGGAGGAGCCAUCCCCCCAGCUCCCAGCUGACCGUUUCUCUCCUGAGUUUGUGGACUUCACCGCACAGUGCCUGAGGAAGAACCCUGCUGAACGUAUGAGCUACCUGGAGUUGAUGGAGCAUCCUUUCUUCACCUUGCACAAAACCAAGAAGACAGACAUCGCUGCUUUUGUGAAGGAGAUCCUAGGAGAGGACUCAUAGGGGGCAAGGCCCUCCAGCAGCCCAACGUCCCCUCUGCUGGGGCAGUGCUUGCCCACGCCCAUAAGCUGUUGCCACCCUGGCCUUGGGCAUUCUGGGAGGCGUCAUGGGGGCUGGUCCCAAGACCCAAUGAACCAGACUGUCAGGGCUUCCUGCUGAGCCCAGACAGGCCCCCACCAGUGCUUCUGUCCCAUACCAGUGCCUUAGUGCCUCCAAGGACCCAGUCUUCAGCUCUGAGACCCUGAACUUGGAGGGGCCUGGAUGCCCCUACCAGAUGUUGCUGCCUCUUGCAGAGAAGGCAGCUGGUACCUGUGCACAGGCCACACUGCCUUGGCCCAUCCGUGGAUGCCUCUCAAGUUGUAUGUUUUUUAAUCUCUUGACUGACUGGACUUUGUACACUUUGACCCAGGCGCCACAUUUCUGUUUCAGCAUUGGUAGUGGGGACGUAGGGAUGGGGACAUGGGGAUAAGCCACAAUGAAUCCUCCUGAGCCCCGUGUGAGGGAGAUGCCAGAGCACUCUGCGGCAUCCCCUGGCAUUGGCCAGAGGGCCUCACCAGCUAGCCCAGCCUCUGCCUGUCACCUCUAGGGGUGUCGUUUAACUUUCUAUUUUUAUUUUUUAAUUUAUCCUUUUUGGGUUUCUUUUUGUUUUCUUUUUGCUAUGUGGGCUUGGCUGUUAUACUUUUGUUUUUGUUUUUGCAUGGUUUGGAGACAGAUAAGUUUUCUGCCACCUCCUAGGGGACCAGUAGGCCAAGACCCACACUAUCUGCUCAGCCAGGGCCUAGAAGCAUGGGUUUAAGCUCUCUGACCUGAGAGAUGCUCCCCUUGGGGACUGGCUUGACAGGUUAUGGAUUUGCUUUUAGUGUUUUCACACACACACACACACACACAUUUCUUUAUUUUCUUUUUUUUUUCUUUUCUCUUUCUCUGUUUCUUGAAGAAAGGAUUACCUGCCUUGGGUCCUAUCCUUGAUGAAUUGGGGCACUUGUCCAGUUGUUAUUUUAAUUAAAAAAUUUUAAAAUGG